AUGGCCAUCUUCGCCAACCUCCCCUCACCCCCAGGCUACAUAACUGCCUCCCUCCUCUGCUCCCUCGGCGGCUUCCUCUUCGGCCACGACACGGGCAUCAUCGGCCCCGUAACCGUGAUGCCGUCCUUCACAUCCUACACCGGCAACCCAUCGCCGACCAUCCACGGCCUCAUCGUCUCCUCCAUCCUCAUCCCCGCCGCCAUCUCCUCCUUCUUCGCUGGCAAACUAGCGGAUCGGUUGGGGCGCACGCGCGGCAUUGCGAUCGGAUCCGGGAUUUUUGGCCUGGGGGCUGCAGUGGAGGCGGCGAGUGUGCAUGUGGGCAUGUUUGUUGCGGGGCGGGUACUCGCGGGUGUGGGGGAGGGGAUGUUUCUUGGGACGGUGGUAGUGUACAUCUGUGAGAUAUCGCCAGCCCGGCAUCGCGGUGCGCUCGCAACUGGUCCACAGCUCCUCAUCACGACUGGACUUAUGGUUGGAUUUUUCACGUGCUAUGGCACGACGAAUAUGGAGUCGUCGUUUUCGUGGCGCUUGCCGUUCAUUCUGCUGGCGGGUUAUUCGUUUGUGUUUUCAGCGGUGACGCUGUUUUACCUGCCUCCUUCGCCGCGCUGGCUUACUGUUAAUGGAAAGGCUGAAGAGGCGGCUGCGGCGUGGGAAAAGCUAGGUGUACCUACGGCAGACCAGGAGAAGAUCCUUGAGCAGCUGGACGAUUCUGCCGCGCUCGUUGAGCCUGCAAGUAUUGGGGUUGCGAUGGAGAAUUUGCAACGCAACACUACCAAUGUGUCUAGGCGAAGCCAGAAGAAGGCUCAGAUCAUGGAUGUGUUCUCGUCCCAGUCGCGACCAAGGCUGUUCCUUGCCAUGUUCCUCAUGGGCAUGCAGCAGCUGAGCGGGAUCGAUGGCGUUUUAUACUACGCUCCGAUUCUCUUCCAACAAGCCGGCCUCGCCUCCAACGAAGCCAAAUUCCUCGCUUCCGGCGUCUCAGCACUUGUCAUUUUCGCCGUGACUAUACCAGCAACUAUGUGGGCCGACAAAUGGGGCCGUCGCACCAACACCGUCUUCGGCGGUCUGGGCAUGGCGACUGUCAUGUUUCUUAUCGGGAGUCUGUAUGCCGGGAACGCAGUCCAUGCAUCCUCAGGAGCAGGGCGCUGGGUAGUCAUUGUAUGCAUUUACCUCUUCGCGGCCAUCUUCAGCAUCUCCUGGGCCGUGGGUAUUAAGAUCUAUUCGUCGGAGAUACAGCCGCAACACACGCGCGCUACAGCCACGAGCAUGUCACACGGCGCGAAUUGGGUUGCAAAUUUCGUGGUUGCGCUUGUAACACCAACGUUAUUGGCGAAGAGCGCGUAUGGUGCAUAUUUCUUGUUCGGCGGCUGCACGUUUUUGACGGCAAUCAUGUGCAUAUUAUAUAUGCCCGAGACAAGAGGAAAGAGCUUGAACGAGAUUGAGCAGGCGUUUCAGAAGAGUCGGCAAAAGGGGCGUGCAGGUGGGGUCAAAGGACUUGUUUCGUCUCUCCGAAGCAGGAUGUUGCACCGGGAAAUAGCUGCUGUGUAA